ACCGAGGCCACGCCCCGUUUUGGCAGGCGUGACCGGUCAGAGAGAGGCAGCAGCGGCGGUAGCAGGGCCCUCCCUCUGUCUGUGCAGAUAAAGAUUCCCAGCCUGCCUGUCCCAGGCAUGGAUGACGGUUGCUCCCAGCCAUGGCUCUGCGACAUUACACUCUCGACUUCAGUCUCUCCGCGGCAGUUGACCCCGCUACAGCAGUUCCCGACCUACUGUCCAUAUUCCAUGAACAGGAAAUGACAGAGACUGUCCAUGAUACAGAUGGUCAUGGAUACCUCGCUACUCUUGUAGGCAAGAACGGCCGACUUGUGAUUUUGCGUGUGCACACUCAUGGGCUAGUCACCAUUGAUCUGCAGUGUUAUGAACAGGACAACAUUUCACAACUAGACAAUCUUUUAAAUGCACUGGAAAAGAAGCUCAAAGCGCUCUUGAAUGGCAAUAUUACAAGAAUUAAACGACUCCCAGCACUCAUCAGAGGAGCAAAAGUUGACCGAUACUGGCCGACAGCUGAUGGCAGACUGAUUGAGUAUGACAUUGACCGGGUGGUGUAUGAAGCGGACUCUGCAUACCAAAACAUAAAAAUAUUGCACUCGCAGCAGUUUGGAAAUAUUCUAGUACUCAAUGGAGAUGUUAACUUGGCAGAGAGUGAUUUGGCUUAUACUCAAGCCAUCAUGGGCAGUGGGAACGUGAGUUAUGCUGGAAAAGAGGUGCUGAUAUUAGGAGGCGGUGAUGGUGGCAUCCUCGCUGAGGUGGUCAAGCAAAAGCCAAAGAUGAUCACAAUGGUGGAAAUUGACCAGAAGGUGAUAGACGGAUGCAAAGUGCACAUGAGAAAAACUUGUGGCAAUAUCCUGGACAACCUGAAGGGAGACUGUUACCAAAUACUAGUAGAGGACUGUGUCCCUGUGCUGAAGAAGUAUGUCGAGAAAGGAAAGAUGUUCGAUUACGUAAUUAAUGACCUCACUGCAAUCCCAAUAUCCACAGAGCCAGAAGAAGACACAAUGUGGGAGUUCCUGCGUCUCAUCUUAGAUCUGUCUAUAAAAGUCUUGCACCCCAGUGGAAAAUAUUUCACACAGGGCAACAGCGUGAACCUGACUGAGGCACUGACUUUGUAUGAAGAACAGCUGGGAAAGCUCUCAUGUCCUGUGGACUUCUCCAAAGAGGUGGUGUGUGUGCCCUCCUACCUGGAGCUAUGGGUGUUUUACACCAUAUGGAAGAAGUAAAAGCCUCCAGCUCGGUGUGCUUGAAUCCUCAGCAGCUGGAAUGUGAAUGCUCCUCCUGUUUCUGCUGCAGCCUUCAAGGUGUGUUCAAACUGAAGGUAGCAUGCAAAUUAGCGGAAGCACAAACGUCCUGUACUUUCCCUUCAAAGUACAAUCAGCCCUGUAGUCUGGUUUUAAAGUGCACCUGUUCCUUAUACGUAGCUAGUGACUGACUACAGCUUACGUCUGCGCUGUAGUUAGUGGAGCUCAUGAGAGCAAUUUGAAAUUAAAUGAAACUUGCUUUCAGUGUGAACACACCUCACAGUUGCAGCGUUUUACUCUCUACACCUCAUUAUGCUCCUCCUGUUCCUUUUUUUGUUUUUAGUUUCGUUUUACAAUUUAUGCUACAACUUGUAUGCUUGUGUUGUAUGAUUUUUUUUUUUUUUGUUGCUUGACUGAUGUGGAAUGUGCGUUUUGAUGUUCUCAGAUGUUCGAACACUGAUUUGAUGCACUGAUGAUGUGCAGUAGCCUCAAGACAGAAGUGUGUUUUGUUGUUUUUAUUCCUGGGUCGUGAGCUCAACAUUGUGCUAGGCUGGAGCGUGGGCUCAGCUCUUUUGUUACUGGCAAAUGUGAUUUGAUUCUUUCAGGUUGUACCAAGGCAAUGUGAUCUUGCCCUGUGAGACUAAAUGUGUUUUAAAAGGGAAACCGUUCCACCACAUUGACAGCUUAUGCUUUUUUAUGUGCUGUUUUAUUAGCACCUUGGUUUCUCCUGAUUUAUAUUUAAAACUUUUUGGGCAUGUAAAGGACAGUGAAUGUAGCUUGCAUAUACCGUGCAGAACACGUUUGCAUGGGAUGGGGCUCCCUUACGUUUAUUUAUUCAAUAUAAGUUCACCAAAUGCUGUUCUGUCCCACUUGAGAUGAUUGUGAGCAUAUUCAAUAAAAACUGUUUUAGGAGAA